AUCAUUUAGACAGAAGAAGAAAGAGCAAAAAAUAGCUGUGUACAAGGAGUCGAUUUUGUAUCUUCUAACAAGCUAUUCAAGGCUGCGGAUUCCCUGGAUGUCAUAUCAUCCUUGUUGUUUACCGAACGUUAAACAAGAAUGACACCUGAGAAGCACGCGGAUGAGAAUCCGAACGCAGCCUGAUUAAUGCCAACAGAUGAUCAAAGGAAGACCUAACCUGGAUUUCUUUUCUGAAAGAAAAUAAAAACAUUGUUCAAGUAAUUUAACUCGGAAACCGAUAUUAUAGUGCCGAGAUUCGAGUGACAAAAGUAACGACUAUUACGAUCCAAAGAUCAUGUAUUCGGUAAACGUACGCGCCGGUAUUACUCGCAUGUUCCGUAUGCACCGGGAACUGCACGGCAAUGCGGAAUUAAUCAAGGCGUGCACUGAAAUUGUGAACCGAAAUCCACGAAACUUGGAACGGUUGAGAAUAGCGAGAAAACCCCAAGGUUAUCAUCUUGAAAAAUCAGGGUGUAUGUACUGGCACAAGCUGUUCCUGAUUAAAAAGUCACGUUAUAUCAUAGCCGAAGUCUGCCACUUCAAAAAUGGACCAGUUGUUUCAGCUUCCAGUGCAGAAUGGGCAUUGAAGAAACAAUUGUAUCGGACUACUGACAGUUCAGCUUAUAUUAAUAUAGGACGAGUGUUGGCUCAACGUUGCCUAGAGGCUGGGAUCUGUGAAAUGGAGGUUGAUGCUGCAUUAACUGGAGACAAAUGUGAAUUAUUGAUUAAAGAAUUAGAAAAGAAUAACAUCGUUUUAACUGAAUCACAAGUUUACAAGUAUCCAAAUUCUUGGGACAGUUUUCGACCGGAAAAACCAUGGGAAAUUCACGAAUAGUUUUGUCUCUGUAUAAUAAUGUAAAGAGAUUGUAAGUGCAAAGUAAGGAACAACAUACAUACAAUAUAAUAGUGUACAUACAAAUACUAAGUGCGACGUAAUCGUAACAUUUUGCUUCUUCUUAGUAAAAACGAAAUAAGGCAAAGCUUGGUGAUCGAUAUAUAAGAUAUUUUAUUAUCUUAACAUCUAUCCACUGUGAAAUACCGAAUUUUGUACAAUACAGUAUCUAGGAGUAAAAAUAAAUAAUUGUAUCCCUGUUAAAUAAAUGUCUAGUCUACUAGAGAUACAACGCCGUGACUUAAAAUCUACAUCAUUACUUAAGGCGAGUACAUUCCAUCAGACAUGGUCUGGAAUGUUGUUACGUGAUUCUUAUCAUAAUGACUGUAAUAGAAAAUUUAAGUUAAGUUAGGUAUAUGUACAUAUACAGAUUAAUAUAGAAAUUAUUCUGAAAAUGAUGAAAUUGUCUAGUGAUUGGACAUAUAAGUUUAGAUAUAUAAGUUUAUAAUUUACAAAUUCAGUUUAUAUGCUGAAUUUUACUUAUUAAUUACCAGAGAUAUUUCCAUAUCAUUCUGUAUAUGUGAAUUAAAAAAAUAAUUUUGGAUUUCUUUCAGCUUCCUGAAAUCAUUUGUUUCCCCUUUUACUAUCAACGUUUGCGUAAUAACGCAAUUAUAUUUUAUAUCGGAUAGUUGGUACUUUUACUCACAAUAUUCUUAAGUAUCCCUUUUGAAUUCUUAAGUAUUCUUAAGUAAUUCGCAAUGUCGCUCGUUUAUGCUACUUUGCGGAUUGCUAAAUUAAAUCGCUUGUUCUGAGCAAAUAAAUAAAAAUGCA